ACGGCCAUUUGUAUGCAGUCCCCUGAUGAGAGGCUCUGGUGCCGUGGCCCGUCCCUGUGGAGCCUGAUCUCUGAACAUGUUCCCGGGUCGGAGUUGUCAAAGAUCCGCAUGGCACUGGGCCACUUCCUGGUUGACAUGUACACAGAAGUGCAUACUGAGGCGGAGGUUUGGUACACGAUGUUGCAGGAGAGCCAGCGAGGCGGAGGCCAUGGCAGCAGGGCAGGGACCCCGCUCCCAGGUCAGCAGGGCUCCCCCCUGGCUGACCCCCCCGCCGUCAAAGAGCUGCUGAGGGCCGAGGUCAAGAUGCUACUACAGAUGCUCAGGCAAAGAGCCGGCAGGGAGGGAAGAGCCGGCGAGGAGCUCCUGUUUCGGUACAGACCUGAGACUGUAAACUACGCCCUCGGUCACAUCGACAGACGGUACAGUGACUGUAUGAGCCCUGGAGAGACUGAGAACGGAAGCAGACCCAGCUCCGGCUGCUCAGUCCAGUCCAGCGCUGAAGAUGAGAUAUGGGCAGUGAGAGACAAGCUGAACGUCACUGACAUUGACCGAGUGGUGGACCGCCUCAGGGCUGUGCUAAUGGAGGAAUGUGAAACGUUGAAGAGACUGGUGAAGGAUUUGAAGGUAAGACGAACGUGAUGGAAAACAAAUUCAUCUUUAUCUGUCAGCUGCCAGAAUAAU